AGAAUACUCUUCCCUUAGGGUGUUACAGCUCAGUAAAACAAGCAGCUGUCAGCGCCUGCACCGCCAGUGUGUGAAUACCGGGCAUAGGUCUGCGGGAUUGAAAGAAAACACUUACACGGGUCACCUGUUUUCAGCAAGUGCCACCAAGGAUUUACUGAGAUCUCCUUAUAUACCAGAAGCAAAAGCCAUGGAAAACAAGGGUGGCUCCAUUGAGAUCCCUUUUUCCUUCUGCUUCUGCUGGGAGUUGGCCAAGUAUCCACAGAUGAGCAUAGCCUGGAGAUGGAAAGACUACCAUGGAAAAUUCAUCUACAACUCCACUCUACCUUUCAUUCAUGAGCACUUCGAGGACAGGCUCAUUCUGAACUAGACAAAGAGUUAGAUAUCUGGACUCCUCAGAAUCCUUAACUUGAGGGAGAAUGACCAGGCCACACACUUCUGUAACAUCUGCCUGAGCACCACAGAAGAUAGGAAGAGAUGGCAGUCGAUUCCUGGGGCCCAACUCUCCAUCGUCCAUGCACUCAGCACCACCAUGAGGAUCCCCUACAUCAUCUCUUCUGCAGUCUUCACAACUGGUCUGGAGGACACAGGAGGUCAGAUGAAUCAUUCACUGCCGAAUCUGGUAGCCAUAGAUGGGAUGAUCAUGGCAAAAUGUUGUGGCCACCUUCCCCAUCUACGGGUGGAUGAUCUUUCUGUUGUGGAAGCAAAGGGCAGCAGAGGAAAGACUAAACCCCAGACAGGUGAGUCAUCCCAAGGGGCAGCUGAGGAUCCGUUGGGAAGUUUAUCCUGAAAGGCAUGCAAGCGAGAAGGAAAGAUGAUUCAGCCAGAAAUGCAAGGGACAUGGGUAGAAAGACCUGAGUUUGAUACUGAGCUUAUACAUUAUAACCCAGGGAAGUGCCUUAAAUUUGUAAUUGCAGCUCUGGACAAGCAAGAGACAGGCAGAGUCAUGGUUUUGCUAUCCAUGUAUUCUAGCCUAAUUGAUUAGUUCCAGGGCUAAUGAAAGAUCCCUUUUAAGAAAGGGGAAAUUUCUCAAGGUGAUAAAGUAGUCAUACUCUAUAUUAAUUUGAAGUGAAGUAUUUUGAAUUAUGUAUUAAUUGAAAAACAAUAGUGUGUGUCAUUGGGAAAUGUAAUCAGCUGCCUAGCACAGUGACCUGGGUGUGAUUCCAGGGAACCCAAAUUGUACACAGAGAACACUGACUUUGGACAAUUGUCCUCUGCUUCUCAGGCUUGCUCACAUGCUCCUGGUGAGAUAUUGUCUAUAUGUCCCCAGCUAACAGACCUCCAGGUGCCAGUUUCUCUCACCAGGGAAGAGAGUGCAUCAAAGUAGUAAUUGGUGAACCCAUAUCAGCAUCCUACACCUUCAAAUUCAUGUUCUUGUGAAUCAGAACAUGCAUGGCUGCAGGACUGUUCUGAAAAACAUUCUUGAGCAGGGAUAGCAAGAUAACCCCACUUCUGCCAUAUGGGUUCGAUGACCUGUCCUCAGAACCCAAGUCAUCCUGUCUGUCUUUGGUCCUGAGAGCCCAACUGUGCUGUUCUCUCUUUGCUCAUGGAGCUAAUGAUACUUUUUAGUAAAAGAGGGAUCAGAAAUUCAGGCAACUCAGGGAGCUAUUUCAGAGCAAGGCUGAGGUGUAGAUGUGUCCAAACCCUGAAAAUCUUAUCCUGACACCAGCUGAGUUAGGACAGGUCUGCAAAUUCAGGAGCAAGAAGCAAGGCUUGGGCCUUGGAACCAGAUACCACUUGGAACCAGAUACUACACCCCACAAGGUGUAGACCCUUGUGGUAGUCAUGGAAAAAGAUGGCUGAAUUACAGGUCUAUCUUUCUCUUGGGCUAAAAGGACAGGUCGAGCAAGCACACUGAAUUUCUCUUCAUGCAAAUGAAGCUUUCAAGAACCUAUCACACAGAAAGUUUCAUAUAACCCUUGUUACCCCCAUUUCUGAGUUUGCUGCUCGGGCCUUGGAACCAGAUUUGAUCUCUAGUGUCCAUGUAAAGAGACCAGCAAAACCUUUAAUUUUAACAAAAGUGACAGAGGCAGGCAGAGCUCUGUGAGUGGACAGUUAGCCUGGUCUAUGUGUCUAGUUCCACACCAAACAGAGCUGAGUGAGCUCUAAUCCUAGGACUGAGGAAGUACAGACAGGCUUGUCUGUCCAGCUCACUGGCCAGUCAAUCUAGUGUCCAUGGGAAACUUGAAGUCAGUGAGAGAGAGCCUGAUCCAAGAAAUGAGGAGGAUGAGACCUUAGGCUCUCCUCUAGCCUCAACAUGCCUAAACCAAUGCAUGCACACAAAGACAGAUACACAGAGACACACGGACAUAGACACACAUACAGGGAUGCACACAGAGAGACAUAAACUCAGAUACACAGACACACCUAUAGAAAGACUUAUACAUAGACACACACAAGAUACACACAAACACACACACAUACACACACACACACACACACAUACACACACACUGGUACAUACACCCAAAGAGACAUACAGACACAGAUUCUUACACAGACACACACACACUCACAUGCACACACAUGCACACACAGAUACACAUCUGAUAUAACAGAUCCACAUGUUCACACACACAGGAUACACCAGAAUGUGUAAAAGAACUAUGAAACAGCCAUAUGUGUAAAGCUCAGUUAAGAGCAGAAUACAAUCCUUUGCUUCAUGCACAUCACACCCCUUCUGCUCACAUUUCUGGUCAAAGAGGAACCUGCCUGGAGCCCUCAGAAUACAGGAAGUGAUGAGCAAUCUGGAAUAGACUACUUCCAGUUUCUGCCUGCACCCUGCGCUGACCCUUAACCACUGCUAUCUGUACCCGAAUACCCCUGGGAGAGAGCUGGUUUCUCAGUAGGGCUGACAUUCAGAAUUACAGGAGAGUUAGGCCACUGUCAGAGAGAGAAAGACCAGCUCAAACCAGAGAGGAGAACCAGCUAUGACAAGGGCUAGGAUAUGUCUCUUAACCAGGAGUGGGGGCUGGGCAAAGACCCCUGUCAUGUUGUCAGUAACCACAAGGGUGGAUAUUUUGCAACAUCAGAAGAGCAGAAGGCAGAUCAGUAAAGGAAGUUGCUGGCCACAAGGAGGUGGAGAUGGUCCUGCUCAACUCAGUCUUCCACUUGAGAAUGUCUGAGUGUGUGUUUUUAUUUACCCUGAUUCUCUCUGGACUGCUGAGUGCCCCAGUGUCCCUAGACAGGGCAACCUCGACUUCCUGACGGCCCUGCUGGUCUCACUUCCUGGAAGAAAUCUGGCUAUGGCUCGGCUUCUCCUUCUUUUGUUGUCGGCAUCAUAUCUGCACACUGGGAACUCAGCAGGAUAUCAAAAAAAGAAAGACUUUGGUGUCGACCAACCAGAUGUCCUCUCUGGAGUCCAAGGUGGCUCCAUCGAGAUCCCCUUUUCCUUCUACUUCCCCUGGAAGUUGGCCAAGGAUCCUCAGAUGAGCAUAGCCUGGAGAUGGAAGCACUUCCAUGGGGAAUUCAUCUAUAACUCCACCCGGCCUUUCCUUCAUGAGCAUUUUAAGGGCCGGCUCAUCAUGAUUUGGACACAGGGUCAGACAUCUGGUGUCCUCAGAAUCCUGAACUUGAAGGACAAUGAUCAGACCACAUACUUCUGUCGAGUUAUUCUGCAAACAACAGAAGGCAUGAAUUCGUUGCAGUCAAUCUCUGGCACCAAUCUCAUCAUUCAUGCUCUCAAUACUACCAUGGGGAGCCCCUCUAUCAUCCCCUCUGCAGUCCCCACAGCUGGCCUGGAGGACAAAAGGGACCAGAGGAAUCCUUCACUGCUGAGCCUGGGAGCCAUGGUUGGGAUGGUCUUGGCCAAAGUUGUGGUCAUCAUCCCCCUGUAUGGAUGGAUGAUCUUCCUGUGGUGGAAGCAAAGGCCAGCAGCAUAAAGACUAAACUCUAGUAAGGCUCCUCAGUGCUAGGAUCUCUCAUCAGGGAGGUGAAUUUACAUCAAAGUAGUUGUUGGUGAUUACACACCCUGCAUCCCACAGCCUUCCAUGUCUUCUCGCUGGGAGUCAGUCAUCAUGGCUGCAGGAUUCUCCUGUGAAAAUCAUUCUUGGAUAACUCCCACUUCUGCCAUGGGGACUCAGACAUGCUCUCCUUGGAACCAUGGACCUCCUGUGUGUCUCUGGGCCUGAGACCCUGACUGUGCUGUUCUCUCUCUGUUCAUGGAGUUAUUGACACUGUUAAUAAAUAUCUUACUCCCACAA